CAGCACCUCAUGCUUGACAGUCAGAAGUGAAAAGCUUCGCGUUGCUUACACACAGACAAAACUGAAUAGAAGAAAUGGCUGCAGCUGAAAUUCCCAGUGUAAAACUGUUGGACGGCACUUCAAUUCCCGUUCUUGGCUUGGGAACCUGGAAGUCUAAGCCUGGUGAGGUGAAAGCUGCAGUUGAAGCUGCGAUUUCUGCUGGUUACCGGCACAUCGACUGCUCCCCGGUGUAUGAAAAUGAAGUAGAGGUGGGUGACGCGAUCGCGGCCAAAAUUAAAGACGGCACUGUCACCAGGGAAAAGCUUUACAUCGUCAGUAAGUUGUGGCAAACUUAUCACGAGCCAGAUGAUGUCGAGGCAGGACUAAAAGUCACCCUGAAAGACCUUCAGGUGGAAUAUCUGGACUUAUAUCUGAUGCACUUCCCUAUUGGGUUUAAACAACAAUCUGGACAUACGUCUGCUCGUGAUGCAAACAACCAGAUUAUCACUACCGACAGGGAUUACGUUGACACCUGGAAAGCGAUGGAAAAGUUGGUGGAGAAGAAAUUAGUUCGCUCGAUCGGAGUUUCCAAUUUCAAUGAGAAGCAAAUUGAUCGCAUCCUGGAAAACUGCACCAUCAAACCCGUCACAAAUCAAGUCGAGUGUCACCCGUACUUCAAUCAAAAGCCUCUCUCAGAUCACUGUGCGAACAAGGGUAUAAUUUUAACGGCCUACAGUCCAUUCGCGAGUCCAGACAGAUCGUGGGCGAGUCCAGAUGAGCCAAAACUGCUUGAAGAUCCUGCACUAGUGGCUGUCGCCAAGAAAUACAACAAAACGGUGGCAAAUAUUUUGCUCCGUUAUCAAAUUGAGCGGGGUCACAUAACCAUUCCUAAGUCGGUCUCGCCAGAUAGAAUCACGCAGAACAAACAAAUUUUCGACUUCAAAUUGGAGCCAAGUGACAUUUCGCAAAUUGAAAAGUUGAAUAGACCUGAUGGCCGCGUAAUCCUGAUGUCUUUCUGCAAGGACCACAAAUACUACCCUUUCUAGAGUUCAUUUCUUGGCAAGAAAAACUGCUGACUUGAAAACCAAAAAUGAACAACCUGCUGUUUUAAAUUUACUUUAUCAAUUUGGAACCCCAACAGAAAUGGAUGCUAUUUGCUUAUGAAAAUAAAAGAUUGAAAAUAA